AUGGGGAAAGGUAAGCUUAUAUUGAUUUGUCUAUCUGGAGGCAAGUUUGUGACAGAUGAUGAUGGGAUAAUGACAUAUAGUGGAGGAGAAGCAGAGCCAGCAGCUAUUAAUCAUGAGACCUCUUUUGAUGAUUUUAAGCUGCAAAUGGCAAAACUUUUCAACUUGGACUAUAACUCUCUGUCCCUCAAGUAUUUUCUCCCUGGAAACAGAAGCACCCUUAUCACCAUGAAGCAAGAGAAAGACAUGAAGAGGAUGUUUGAUUUUCAUCUGAGCUCAGUCAGUGCUGAAGUGUUCAUCACAGGACAAGAAGGCUUCCGGUCUGAAGCACUCAUGUCUCCUGGUAACAGGUCAAAUAGUAUAGCAGUCGGAACUGACACUACGCCGGUGGCAUACGGUAAUGUAGCCAAUGUACCUAUCCAAGUUGCCACAGAAACUCCUGAAGAAAACAGCCUCGUUGAUGCUAAUUUGAGAACUCGAAACGCUGCCCCCAGAAUCACCUCUGAAUCCAGUGACCUUAUUGACAUUCCGGUAACGUUAUCCACCGCUUCAGCACUAUCAGCCAAAUCAACCCCAAAAAGACCAAAGAGGAAUGGGAAGAAGAGCCUUGUUUCCUGUAACUCUAAACUGACUCCCAAAAGCUCCAAACAAUCAAUCUUAGGUACCAAAAGCUCCCCUACGACGUCUAUGAAUGUUGUGUGUGGUGUGACUACAAGCUCCCCUGUAAGUGCUAGUAAACGAAGACGUGUGAUGGAAGAACCCAGCAGUUUGCUCCAGGAUGAAAAUGGCAGUGAUACAUUGAGAAGAUCCUUAAGAAACAAGGGGGAAACUCGAAAGCCUGUAGUAGAAACUGAUGAUGAUGAUGGAUUUCUCUUAAGUGACGAAGAUGAUGCUGACGAUGUUGAUGAGAACAAUGUUGAUGAUGAUGAUGAAGAAGAAGAUGAUGACAAGGACUAUGAGCAGGAUACUGAUACCUAUUACCCUGAAACCGAGGAUCUUGACUCUGAACACGCUAUGAAUUACUCUAUCUCUGAUGCUAACGAUGGUUCUGUAGAGAGCUUGGUAGCCUCGUGGAAACGCUGCAUCACCGGUGUGGGUCAGGGGUUUGAGAGUGUGGUUGAGUUUCGUGAUGCGCUGCAGAAAUAUGCGGUUGCUUGUCGUUUUGGAUACAGAUUAAGGAAGAAUGAAUCGAACCGUGCAUGUGGUGUUUGUUUAGUUGGAGGUUGUCCUUGGAAGAUAUAUGCAUCGUGGGUACCAUCUGACAGUGUGUUUAGGAUAAAGAAGUUCAACAGAAGGCAUACAUGCGCAGGCGAGUCUUGGAAAUCUGCUCAUCCAAAAAAGAACUGGGUGGUGAGUAUCAUCAAGGAGAGGUUGCAGGAGAACCCAAACCAGAAGACCAAGAACAUUGCCGACUCGAUUUUCCAAGAUUUUGGUAUUGAGCUCAGCUAUUGCACUAUAAGAAGAGGCAUUGAUGAAGCCAAAGGAGGACUUCAUACAUCGUUCAAAGAGGCGUAUAAGCAUCUGCCUCUCUUUGUGAACAAGAUAGUUGAGGCAAACCCUGGGAGUAUGGUUGAUCUUGUUGUUGGUGAGGACCGAAGAUUUCAGCGGCUUUUUCUUUCUUUCCAAUCUUGUAUACAUGGCUUUCAAACUGGUUGCAGGCCGCUUCUUUUCCUUGAUGCCAUUCCGUUUAAGUCUAGGUACCAUGAGGUUUUGUUAACAGCCUCUGCCUUGGAUGGAGAUGACGGCGUGCUUCCUGUGGCAUUAGCCCUUGUGGAUGUGGAGACUGAUGAAACUUGGCGUUGGUUUCUUGAACAGUUGAAGGUCUCUUUGCCUAGUUUACGACCCCUUACCUUUGUCUCUGACCGAGAGAAAGGACUGGUGAGUCCUGUGCUGGAGAUUUUCGAGAAUGCACGUCAUGGCUACUCCAUACAUUACUUGAUGGAGGAUUUCAUGAGAAGCCUGAGAGGUCCGUUUCUUGGAGACGGGAAGCCGUCCUUGUCGUACUAUUUACUGGCUGCAGCACGUGCUGACCGGCUUGAUGGGUUUAAGGUUUACACGGAGCAUAUUAAGCGAGUGUCUCCUAGAGCGUAUGAUUGGGUGAUGCAGAUUGAAUCAAAGUGUUGGGCCAGUGCAUUGUUCGAAGGUGAACCUUACAGCCAUAUAACGUCAGAUGUGGGAGAGAUCUACUCCAAGUGGAUUGACGAAAUUCAGGAGACUUCAAUCGUCCAGAAGCUUGCAGCGUUUGUGAGUAGAAUUGUGGAGCUGGUUAACAGUAGCCAGGCCAAGUCGAAGGAGUGGUUUAGCCAACUUGUGCCAUCUAAGGAGGAAAGUCUUGUAGAGGAAUGCAAGAAAGCGAGCGUGCUUAAAGUUUUCGUUUGCUCGGACACUCUGUUCGAGGUUCACGACGGGUCUGUUCAGCUCGUGGACAUCAGUAACCAAACCUGCAGCUGUUACGGGUGGAAGCCAACGGGACUUCCUUGCCAGCACGCGAUCGCUGUGCUCAACACAAAAGGCAGGAAUCUAUAUGAGUACUGUUCAGGUUUCUUCACGGUUGAAAGUUAUCGUUCGACUUAUUCAGAACCUCUGGGACCAGUUGUGAUUGACUUGGCUUCCGCGGAGAGUGAAGGUAGCAGCAAGGAAGAGGAUGAACAAGUACUUCCUCCUCUGUUUUCUCGGGUACAGGGAGUGGACAAGAGGAUCAAAGACAGGAAAAGAGGACGAUCCGUGUGCUGUACAAAGUGUGGAGGAGUAGGACAUAACAAGGCUACUUGUAAGGAGGAUGAUUGA